AGAUAUUGGCGCCCUGAUUCUUCUGCACAGGCCAUAAAAUCUCUGAACUUGCUGCUUUAAACCCUAAAACAAACGAAAACCCACCAAUUAAAAUACCCAAAUUUGUUAGCCAUGCUUCUCAAUUAUCGCAAGUUUUUGAGUUUAAACAUACUUAUGGCUACAAGAAACAUGUUCUUCAAAGGCACCUAUUUGCCGAGAACUCAGCUUUUAAGUUCAAGAACUUACUCAAAACUCUUGUUUUCUAACCACCCUUCAAAACCCACCUCAAAAUCGAGCCCUUUUUUGAUAAAAAGUUGUGGGGUUUCUUAUACUCCUCAUGCAAGAGCCUAUAGUCCAGUGGAAGUGGAGAAUGAAGAGGUUGAUGCUGAAAAUUCUAUGAGGUUGAGUAUAUUGAAUAAGAAGUUGGAGAAUGUUGGGAUUGGCAGCGGUGAUUGGAAUCCGGGGCAGUACCAUGGUUUGAUUUGUCCGAUGUGCAAAGGUGGAAAUUCAGGAGAGAAGGCAUUAUCACUUCUCAUUGAGCAUGAUGGGAAUACCGCUACAUGGACCUGUCAUCGAGCUAAAUGUGGGUGGAAAGGGGGUCUGAAGGCUCUGGCAGGUUUGAAGUCGAGUUAUAAAAAGAUGAGUGGGACUACUACGGUAAAGAAGAUAAGGAAGAUCACGGAGCAUGAAUUGAAUUUACAGCCUCUGUCUGAUCCGAUACGGGAAUUCUUUUCUAUGCGGAUGAUAUCAGGGGAGACAUUAAGGAGAAAUAAUGUGUUGCGGUGUACACAUGAUGAUAAGGAUGCUAUUGCGUUCACAUAUAGAAGAAAAGGAGAGCUUGUUGGCUGCAAAUAUCGUGAUGAGAACAAAAAGUUUUGGCAGGAAAGUAAUACGGAAAAGAUAUUGUAUGGACUGGAUGAUAUUGAUGGAGCAACUGAAAUUAUCAUUGUCGAGGGUGAAAUUGAUAAGCUUUCAAUGGAAGAAGCUGGCUUCCGUAACUGUGUAAGCGUCCCCGAUGGCGCUCCAGCAUCAGUCUCCAAGAAGGAAGUGCCAUCUGAAGAACAGGACACAAAGUAUCAAUAUCUUUGGAACUGUAAAGAGUAUCUGGAGAAGGCAACUCGCAUAAUACUCGCUACUGAUGGGGAUCAACCUGGUCAAGCCUUAGCAGAAGAGCUUGCACGACGUCUUGGAAGGGAAAGAUGCUGGCGAAUCAAAUGGCCUAAAAAGAAAGAUGAUAAUGAAUACUACAAAGAUGCUAAUGAGGUACUUGCAAAUCUGGGCCCUGAAGCAUUGAGGGAAGUCAUUGACAAUGCUGAAUUAUAUCCUAUUCAAGGAUUAUACAGCUUUAAGGAUUUCACGAGCGAAAUUGAUGCAUACUAUCACCAGACCCUCGAUUUUCAGCUUGGUGUGUCAACUGGAUGGAGGUGUCUGAAUGAAUUUUAUAACGUUGUGCCAGGAGAGUUAACAAUAGUUACUGGAGUUCCCAAUUCAGGAAAGAGUGAGUGGAUUGAUGCUCUUUUGUGCAAUCUUUGUGCAACUGUUGGUUGGAAGUUUGCUCUUUGCUCUAUGGAGAACAAGGUUCGGGAUCAUGCCAGAAAGCUCAUGGAGAAACAUGUGAAGAAGCCUUUUUUCGUUGCAAGCAGAUAUGGAGAAUCUUCAGAAAAAAUGAGUCCUGAGGAAUUUGAGCAAGGAAAACAAUGGUUAAGUGAUAACUUUUAUCUCAUAAGAUGUGAGAAUGAUUCCCUUCCAAAUAUAGAGUGGGUUCUUAAAAAAGCUAAAGCAGCAGUUCAACGAUAUGGGAUAAAUGGACUUGUCAUCGAUCCAUACAAUGAACUUGAUCAUCAACGUCCUCAAUUCAUGACUGAAACAGAGUACGUAAGUGUGAUGCUAACAAAGGUCAAACGAUUUGCUCAAUUUCAUUCUUGUCAUGUCUGGUUUGUAGCACAUCCAAGACAGAUGCACAACUGGGUUGGGGGUCCUCCAAGUUUAUAUGACAUCAGUGGAAGUGCCCACUUCAUAAACAAAUGUGACAAUGGAAUUGUUAUUCAUCGUAAUAGGGAUCUGAAGAAUGGUCCUGUAGAUAGAGUACAGGUCUGUGUGCGGAAGGUUCGUAAUAAAGUUGCUGGAACAAUAGGUGAAGCUUUCUUGUCAUAUGAUAGGGUAACUGGUCAAUAUGUUGACAGUAACAAUACAUGUGCUGUUGACCCCUGAUAGGAAGCUUACACAAUAGAUGCUACCCCACAGUGAUUGCUGGUUUUCUCCAAACUUGUCACUACAAAUGAAAUUAUUUAUUUUAAUUGGGAAGCAGAGACUUAGGUUUCUGGCCGGGACCAUGCCGAAGACGAUAAUGUGAAGAUGAGUGUAUCCAUCAGUACAGAAAUGAAAAGGUUUUAGAUAGAUAUGUUGUUGUAGCAAAGGAAACAUCAAUUCAUAUUCUUGUAGCCUAGUGUUCUUCAAGCUGAAUAGUUGUGUUAGUUCUCUUUGCUUGGGUGUAAAAUUUUGCUGUGUAUAUGACUCAUUAAUGAUCAAAUUUCUUUGGUGUUUUUACUUA